AGAGUGAGUAGAGACAGGAGAGAGAGAGAGGAGAGAGAGGAGAGCUUUACUACAUAGAGAGAGGAGAGACAGGAGAGAGAGAGAGGAGAGCUUUACUACAUUAGAGAGAGGAGAGAGAGAGAGUAGAGAGAGGAGAGCUUUACUACAUAGAGAGAGGAGAGAGAGGAGAGAGAGGAGAGUUUUACUACAUAGAGAGAGGAGAGAGAGGAGAGAGAGAGGAGAGCUUUACUACAUAGAGAGAGGAGAGAGAGGAGAGCUUUACUACAUAGAGAGAGGAGAGAGAGGAGAGUUUUACUACAUAGAGAGGAGAGAGAGGAGAGAGAGAGGAGAGCUUUACUACAUAGAGAGAGGAGAGAGAGGAGAGCUUUACUACAUAGAGAGAGGAGAGAAUAUAAAUUGACUACAUAGAGAGAGGAGAGAAUAUAACUUUACUACAUAGAGUGGUUGGAGAGUGUAGAGCUUAUGAUGAUUAGGUUGGUGGUGAUAAUGAAUGAUGAUGGUGGAGGGGGUGAUCUCUUCCUCCCCUCAGUCACAUCUCUAAGACAACCAGCUGGCUGGACCCCAGAGAUCAGAGCAGGGAGAUCCUCAGCGAGACAGACAUACCUGCUUUCACGGACCAGCCAGCAGAGCUGAAGGGUUACUCCAUCCACACCCGUCUGUCUAAAGGGCUGCAGGGGUUCGGCUUCAACAUAGUGGGAGGAAGCAGGCAGAGAGAGUUUCUCCAGGUCUACAGCAUUACACCAGGAGGACCACCCGCUCUCAACACAGCUGAUAUCCUGGUCUACAUCAAUGACAGCUGUGUCCUGGGUCUGUCUCAUAAAGAGGUGGUAGAGAUGUUGAAGUCUGUCCCCAUGGGUCACAGUGUGGACGUUGUGUUACGGAGAGGCUAUCCCAUGCUCUACAACCCAGACGGCUGUCCCAAACAACCCCUGACCUCCUCCCCCUCCUCCUCUCCUCGGGAAGCCCUCAGCGCUGCAGCCACUCCUCCCUCCACAGCCACUGCCCAGUCCCUUUCCUGUCCCAGCCCUGCUGAGCACCCCCACGCCCACCCCCCCGGCCUGGCUAACCUCAAUCGGACCCUGUCUCAUCACAACGGCAACUAUCUCGGAGUGGCGGGAAACUCGGGGUCAGGGCUGGACGCUAACGGAAACGCGGCACCACCCUCCUACCCGCUGUCUAACGGUGUCCCGGGCUCUUCUGCCAGCUCAGCCUGUUCCCCCUCCUCCUCUCACAGUAGGGGCAUCCCCCCUCCUCCCCCUCCUGAAUCAACCUCCGCGUCCACCAGCCAGAGUGACUCAGAGUCCUUGGGCGGAUGGACACAAAGAUGGUCUCUGAUGCGCUAUAAUGGUAACUCCCUCCCCACCUCCUCCUCCAUGGUCCACCAUCGGAGUGACCUCUCCACCUCCACCCUGCCCAUCUCCCUGUCCCAGCCGGAGGUGGGCACCGCCACCACUCCUGGUGCCCCCUGCCAGCGGCCUCCCGUGCCCCAGACGUCCCUCAUGGCCGGCCCGCAUACGGAGGUCCCCCCUUGCGGUUUCAACGGCUGCCCCGCAAGCGCCCACCCCCGGAUGCAGAGGGUCCUUCAAGAGCGCAUCAAGCAGGGAGAAGUAAUGCUGUUGGUUGACAGAGGAGGGUCCUUCCUCUCUCCUGUCUCCCCUAACCUCUACAAACCCUUCCCCUCUCCGCUUGGCCCCUCUUCCCUCUCUCACGGCCUCCCAUCCCCAUCCGACUUGCCUUCCACCGCCACCUCAGAUGCCUUGAUGCCCCUGCACCUCCCCCCCAGCCACAGUGGCCUCGCCCCAGCCUCACCCUCCACUGAACUCCCCUCCUUGGUCCAGAGUACCUCCUUCCUGGACUCAGUCCCGGUAACCAUCACCCUGGAGCCCAGGGACUGGCUAGGGAUGGAGGAGGGUGGUGACCCUGGGCCUCCAGCCAUGCCCCCUGGAGGUGGGGGAAAAGGGAGGUUGGGGCUGGGGGCCAUGGCCAAGGGCCCGGUGGACGGUAGAGGGGGAAGGGCCCGGGUGUCAGUCAUGGGUCAGGAGGUGGAGCUACGGAGACGGCCAGGGGAGGGGUUUGGCUUUGUCAUCGCCUCACAGGACUUCGCCAAUGGGGCCUCGCCCAUGCUGUCCCACAGGUUUGUGACUGUGCGUCGGGGCAGCCCUGCGGCCCGGUCAGGUCAGAUCCAGCCGGGUGACCAGCUAGAGGCAGUGGAGGGGCGGUCCGUUGUCACCCUGCCUCACAGAGACCUGGCACAGAUACUGAGACGGGCCGGAAACACACUCAGACUCACCAUCAUACCAAUACUUAACCCCAACUCCUCUAAUCUGUCAGAAGGCCCAGAGUUAGAGGCUGACGGCAGGACAAGGAAAAGCCACAGACGGAGGCCCAAGGUGAGGCUUCAGCAGGACCAGCGUUACUAUAGUGUAGACCUAGAGAGAGGUCCUACAGGUUUUGGCUUCAGUCUGCGGGGGGGCAGUGAGUACAACAUGGGCCUGUAUGUCCUGGGACUGAUGGAGGGAGGACCUGCCUCGCACAGCCACAAGAUACAGGUGAGUGACCAGCUGGUGGAGAUAAAUGGUGACAGUACAACAGGAAUGACCCACAGCCAGGCCGUAGAGCAGAUAAGAAGAGGAGGACAUCGUAUACACCUGGUACUGAAGAAAGGAAACGGAUAUGUCCCAGACUAUGACCAUGAUCCCAGAUCAGUCUCCUUCUCUCUCUACCCAGAGGAUGAGGGUGUGGCUGCAGUAGAUAAGACGCGCUCCCUGCCAAGGAGGAGUGAAAGGCUGGAUAGAGGAGGAGGGAAGAGGCAGAGUAAAGGAGGUAGUCUGGGGGGAAUGAGGAGCAGAGGAGGAGGUACUCCUGACACAGACCUGGAUUGGCCCGAGGAGGAGGGUCAGGUGGUCAGUCACAGAGGUGAGAGUUUAGGGGAUAAGGACAACGGGAAACGCACCCAGAGUUUACCCAAGAACAGACAGGAAGUAGAGGAGGAGGAGGAGGAGGUGAGGCCCAGCGAGUCCAAACAGAGGUCAAAACAGCAGAGGAGCAGGGAAAUGCAGAGUAAGGGGAUGAAUAACAGGAGAGAGAGGGCAGAUGAGACAGAGGAGCUUCCCAUCAGAAACACAGGUGAAGGUAAGGGGGAAGAGAGGAGGAGGGAGAGAGAGAGGGAGACGGAGGUGGAGGAUUCCAGACCUGCAGAGAGAGUUCCCUUCUCCUUCCUCAAGCCGCUGCAGGAUGGAGAGGCUGAGCUGUCUAAUGCAGAGUCAGGGGCAACAGGCACCUCCGGAGACAGCUUCUCUGACCAGGUCAGCCUGUCUGCAGCUAGCAUCUUCGGUUCCACCGCCCAAGACCCCAGAGACCAGAGAGGAGACCCCUGGAGCACCCAGUCAUGGCUCCGGGCCAACCAUGCAUCCCACACCCCAGGCCCCUGGAGCAGCACACAGCCACAGAGGGCCACCGACAACAGUCCCUGGAUUAAACCUGACCUGCAGAUGUCUCAGGUUUUGGUGGGACACAGACUGACAGGAAACAGGCUGAGAGGUCUUGACCUGUAGAUGAUGGAUAAUCCUGUUUAGAGGUUUCCUGGAGUAUUUACUCGUAAUUCCAGAAUUUGUCCAACCAGGAUUUCUAGAAAACCUGGGACUUUACCUCUUGUCUGGGACACUUCCCUGACCACUGCACCGCCCAAUGGCCUGUUAUCCCACCUCUUGACCAGGACACAUUAUCAUACCUGUGAUUCUACCUACCUAACACCAUUGCCUAUAGAGGUCCACUAUCAUAUUGGAGCUAUGUCAUAAUGAUUGGUAUUAUCUUCAACACAAAUCAUUGUCAUCACAUCUUUUUUAUAAUGAAUAUGCAAGUAACUACAACAUCAAACAUCUCCUCAUAUCAACCCUCUCUACAAACCAGACAGCAGCUACAUCAAACAUCUCCUCAUAUCAACCCUCUCUACAAACCAGACAGCAGCUACAUCAAACAACCCUCUCUACAAACCAGAAUGGAUUGUUAGCACCACCUAGAGGCUAUAGUGAUGUAUUAUAAUAUGAGGACCACUAUGUUAACAUUAUAAUAUUCCACUUUGUUUAUAUCAUAUCAUGUUUGCAUUAUAUUCGAUUGUAGAUGAUUUAUUUAAUUUUUGGGGUGUAAAAAUAUUUGACUGAGAUUUAGAUAAAUGAUGUGCCUCCUG